AUGAGGCGCGUUGCCAGCUCCAUCCUUUUCGCCCUGGCCAUCGUCACGGACCACGUCUUCGCAGCCAUUCCUUUAGAAUCUGCACCAACCGUCGAUCUAGGAUACGCAGUUUACGAGGGCGUCUACAACGACACCUAUGAUUUAAACACCUGGAAAAGUAUCCGAUACGCCGCUCCCCCAACCGGCAAUCUACGAUGGCAAGCUCCUCAGCCACCACUCAAUGCCACCACGCGAAAUCGCCUCGUUCCCGCAGUAGAUCAGCCUCCGUGGUGUCCCCAGUCCGGCGCCUAUGGCGUGCCCUCAGUAUACGGCUUCAACUCCAACCAGGGCAAUGAAGAUUGCCUCUAUCUCAACGUCUAUGCGCCGCCGCAAGCCAAGGACUUGCCCGUUUUUGUUUGGAUCCACGGCGGUGGCUACUCAGUCUUUUCUGCUACUUACAACCCCAGUUCCAUGAUCAAUGACAACGACAAUGGCUUCAUCACCGUCGAGAUUCAGUACCGGCUGGGCGCCUUUGGCCAACUCGCCUCUGCCGACGUCCAGCAACACGGCAAGCUCAACGUGGGCUUAUUAGACCAGCGUUUCGCACUCGAGUGGGUGCAGAAAUACAUCUCCAAGUUUGGUGGUGAUCCAACCCGCGUUACACUGGGCGGCGAAUCGUCUGGCGCAGGAUCCGUCAUGUAUCAGUCCUUGGCAUAUGGUGGCAGAGACUCUGGACUGUUCAGCAACAUCAUCUUAGCCAGCACAUAUGUCCCGCCAAUCUAUCAAUUCAACGAUUCUAUCCCCACCAGCUACUACAACGACUUUGCUGCAGCCGCUGGGUGCGGGGAGACUUCGAGACAGAAUCACUUGAGCGUAUUUGACUGCCUUGUUGCCGCCGACACGAAUGUCUUGCAAAACGCCAGUGGCCUUGUGUCAACUUCCAAUGGCUAUUUUGGAAGCUUCUCAUGGCUGCCAGUCAUUGACCACGAUAUGAUCCAAGACCUUCCGUCGGUUCAGCUUCAGCAUGGUCAAAUCAGCGGCCAGCGGAUUUUAGUCGGAACCAAUGCCAACGAAGGUGUCCCCCUUACAAACCCCUACAUCACCACCAAAUCCGACUUUGACGCCUUCAUAUCUUCCACUCUCCCUACCCUCACCACCUCUGACAUUCUUACUCUGAAUCAACUCUACGAUACAGCUACCGCACAGCCUGGUAACAACGGAACUCGCUUCGACACAGCGGGCGACAGUGGUCCUACGGCAAACACCGUCUCUGGCAUGGCCACAGGCAUCCAGCAGACAGCCUUCAACGUUGCCGCCGAGUCCAUCUUCCAAUGUCCCUCGCAAUGGAUAGCCGAGGCCUUUAGCUCACAACGGCAGGCGUGGAAGUACCAAUAUUCGCUCGACCCAGCAUAUCACGGCGCAGAUCUCGGUGCGUACUUUGUCAGCGCCAAUGGCCCGCCGAAUCCCGGCUUUCAGCGCAGCUUCCACAUGCUAUGGGGCAACUUUAUCAUCAAUGACACUCCAGUCAUAUCCGUAAAGGAGGCAACCGCCGGAAUGGCAAAUUCCACAGUUCCCAUCGACGCCAAUCACCCGGAUCAAAUAUCCUGGCCGCAGUACAGCGUGCAAGGCGCCACGUUUAUGAACCUCAAUACCACAGGUGGAGAGAUAUCUCUGGUCACAGUGACGGAUGAGUUGAGCUACUACGUCCGCCAGGGAGCUGGCAUUGUCAACACUUUUCGUCUUGCCAAUGCUACGACUUGGGAAGGAGGGCGCGGCGAUAGAUGCAGGUUCUGGCAGUCUAUUGCACCUAGAGUGCCCAACUGA